CAAAACAAAAGCUUCCAAACAUCCAGCUUUCAUUGUAUUUUGCUAAGCUGUCACCAGCUUUCCUAUUAGGCUCUCUCCCUCAGUUAUUGCCUCACGCGUUACCCCCACCUCUCCAUACCAUCAAACCCCCACCCCCCUUCUUUCAUUUCCCUAUAUAAAUACACCCUCUCUUUGAAAAAAUAUCCACAAAACCCCUCUCUUCUUCUCUCUGUUACUCAUUCAUUCUUUAGUUUCAAUAUCAAAGCAAAAAUGGGUUCUUCUUGUAAUGUUGUUUCAAUGGCUUUACUGGCUUGUUUGGUGUUGAACUCCUUGGUUUUUGUUGCCCAUGGUGGUGACUUUUACCAGGAUUUCGACCUAACAUGGGGUGACAAAAGAGGCAAGAUUUUCAAUGGUGGCAAGCUCUUGUCUUUGUCUUUAGACAGGGUUUCAGGGUCUGGUUUUCAAUCUAAGAAAGAGUAUUUGUUUGGAAGGAUUGAUAUGCAACUCAAGCUUGUUGCUGGCAACUCAGCUGGCACUGUCACUGCUUAUUAUCUGUCAUCUCAAGGGCCAACCCAUGAUGAGAUAGACUUUGAAUUCUUAGGGAAUCUGAGUGGUGACCCUUACAUUUUACACACCAAUGUCUUCACACAAGGCAAAGGCAACAGAGAACAACAGUUCUAUCUUUGGUUUGACCCUACAAGAAACUUCCACACCUAUUCCAUCAUUUGGAAACCCCAACACAUCAUUUUCUUGGUGGAUAACAUCCCCAUUAGAGUCUUCAAAAAUGCUGAAUCCAUUGGUGUACCGUUCCCCAAGAGCCAACCCAUGAGGAUUUACUCUAGUUUAUGGAAUGCUGAUGAUUGGGCCACAAGGGGUGGAUUAGUGAAAACUGAUUGGGCAAAAGCACCUUUCACAGCUUAUUACAGGAACUUCAUUGCCAAUGCUUGUGUCUGGUCAGGAAGAAGUUCAUCAUGCGCUAAAACUAACUCGGUCUCCGCCGGUGCAUGGGAAACAAACGAACUUGAUGCACCAGGAAGAAGAAGAUUAAGAUGGGUUCAAAAAUAUUUCAUGAUUUAUAACUAUUGUACUGAUUUGAAACGUUUCCCUCAAGGUGUUCCACCAGAGUGUAAACGCCCAAGGUUCUAAAAUCAAACCUCUCCUCCUUUCCAUGUAAUAUAUUCUUUUUUUCACUACUUUCUUACUAUGUAUUCAAGUUGCACUCAACUUGAUGCUUGGGGAUGGAUGGAAUAAGUUGCUAUUAUUAUUAUUCUUUUUUUAUGUAUUUUUAUUUCGUUUUGUUGCUUCUUAAAUCAUCUUGAAAAUAGAUGUAAAUUCCCUGUUUCUGAUAAUAAAAUUUUCCUCUUUUUUAGUACUUAA